AUGCUGGGCACCGACGCCGACGAGCAGCAGUGGCCCGUGGAGCUGUGGGUGUACGACCUUUCUCAAGGCCUCGCCCGCCAGCUGUCUAUGGGUCUCCUCGGCCGCAGCUUCGAUGCCAUCUACCACACUUCCUUGGUCGUCUACGGUCGAGAAUACUUUUACGGACAGGGGGUUGAUGUGACGACCCCUGGGCAUAGUCAUCACGGCCAACCGCAAGAAAAGAUCGAUAUGGGCUACACGUCGGUCGACCCGGACACGUGGAAUGAGCUGUUGCAAGACCUCAGAGAGCGUUUCACCGCCUCAAAGUACCAUCUGCUCGAACACAAUUGCAAUACAUUUACGAACGAAUGCAUGCAGAUCCUGACUGGCCGCGAGAUCCCUGCACGCAUCACCAACCUCCCAGCCGACUUUCUAUCCACACCGUUCGGAAUGAUGAUGCGUCCGCAGAUCGACGCCAUGUUCCGG